AUGAGGCUUUCGGAUUCCGCAACGCAAUUUCCGAAGUUGGAUGUACAGCCUGAGAUAUGGGAGACACUGACACAAAAGGAACUUAGCUCCAACUUUAACUACUACACAUCCUUCGCCUUCUCCGAAUUCAUUGAAAUACUCAAUUUGCCCCAUGUGGAUCCAUGUGCCAGCGCUCAUCGGGACGAUUUGUUUGACGUCCUAGAGGACGAAGAGUUGGCGAAAGCUCUGGACCACCAUUCGAUUAUCACAUCCCAACUUCCCGAUGACUGCGUCCAGACCGCGGAUGAAAUCAUUGAAGAAAUUGACCGGCUCAUGAUUGAUGACGAAACAGAGCUCGAUCUUGACCUCUGCGACCCGCAGGCCACUGCAGAGUACAGGUCAGCAUAUGUCUGGAAAUCGGUUUCAGUUCUGAAGCAAAUGUCAAUUACGCAGUUGAACUCACUAGUGGAUGAGCUAGAUGCCUGUAUUCGCCACCACUCAGCCCGUCUUGUGCAGGAACUGGCUACUAGGGAAGAACUUGACUACGAGCAGGAGGUGAAGGACAUAUUUUUCACUCGUCUACAUGAAGUUCAAGGUCGUAUGGAUGAGUGGGCAAAGUGCAAUUCAUUUAACAAUGAGCUGUGUACUGAUGACGAUGUCAUUAAAGACUGCGGCGGCGAAAAGAAACAAGGGCUCUUCAAAGGAGCUAAUUCUGCUGCGGCGAAGGCAAUACUAGCGAACGCUGCACUUGCCGUUCGACGGCGCUGGCGUCGUAUGGGCCGCAGUUUGGAGAAGGCCCGGUCGAGUUUGCGACGUCGCACCCAACCCAUCGACCCUCGGGACGUCUCUAGCGACCAGGUGGCUGGCAAAAUGUGCGUCUCUAAUUCCAACAUCGAACUCACCUCGGAGGACGCGUCCACGGAGGAUGAGUGGUGUGUCCGGCGGAGUGGGUCGCACUCGGCCGCCACGACGCCCACCGCCGGCGCCACCUCGGCGGGCCACUCGCCCAGGCGCCACCACGUCUGGCUCACCGCCGCCUCCCUCUCCACCAGGGGUUUCGUCAACAAGUCGGCACCUUUGGGAUUUCUCGUUGCGUUCUUGAGUACAAAGAUCCCCUACCACAGAUCGUCCAGCUUUGACGGGGGCUGUGAGGGUCCGACGGUGGGCCACCUGGAGCUUUUCAAUGAGUUCCUGCUGUGCAUGCUGACUAACAAUCCCAACCUCACGCCCCUCCUCACCGAUUACAUUCUCAACGGUGCGUCCUCUCCGACAGCUCUUUCUGUAGACUUGGCUCUUGCUGCUCCUCAGGGCUAA